GAGGAAUCGAUUCUACACACACGUGCGAAUGUGUUCACAUUUUGGAAACGUCAAAUCAAAUGUCAUAAAAGUUAUCGCAGCCGCGGGGAAGUUAAUACUAUAACCUUUUAUUUAAAUAUUCAUCAAUUUCAGGAUUUCAUUAUUAAGAUAUUAAGUUUUGAAACGCAGGGGCAGUUUUAUUUUGUUGAAUUUAUAUAUAGAACAUCCAUCAAUAUGUUCUACUUAAUUGGCCUGGGUCUCGGUGACGUUAAAGAUAUCACUGUGAGAGGUUUGGAGAUAGUGAAGAAAUGUGAUAAAGUGCUGUUGGAAUCCUAUACUUCUAUAUUGACAGUAGGACACGAGGAACUGGAAAAAUUCUAUGGCCAUCCAUUAGUACUAGCUGAUCGCGAACUCUGUGAAAGUAAUAUUGAUGAAAUACUAAAAGAAGCAAAGGAUAAACAUAUAGCACUGCUAGUUGUUGGUGAUCCAUUGGGAGCAACAACACAUACAGACAUGCUGCUGCGUGCUAAAGAGCUUGGAGUAGAAACACAGAUUGUUCACAAUGCGUCUAUUAUGAAUGCCGUCAGUUGUUGUGGACUGCAACUUUACAACUUCGGUGAAACAGUCUCUAUCCCAUACUGGACAGAAAAUUGGAAACCGGACAGUUUCUUUGAGAAAAUUGAGGCAAACUUCUCUAGAAACUUACAUACACUUUGCCUUUUAGACAUAAAAGUGAAGGAGCCAACUGAGGAGUCUUUAACUAAAAAAAUCCGUCAAUAUAUGGAUCCCAAGUUUAUGAGUGUCAAAGAAGCAGCUUCACAAUUGGUUCAAAUAAUAGAAAACAAAUGCGACACAAAACUAAGCAAACAGAACACAGCGGUGGGGUUGUCGAGAGUAGGCAAUCCAGACCAAAAGAUAGCCGUGAAGAGUUUGGAGGAGAUGCAAGAGUUCGACCUCGGGCCGCCGCUGCACAGCCUCGUGAUCCCCGCCCCUACCCUGCACCCGGUCGAGGUCGACUAUCUCGCGCAAUUCAGAUAAAUCUUGUAAUUAAAUGAAAUAAAACCAUAGUAAUGGCAA